UGUUGCUGUCUGCCUACCUCGUGGUUUCAAAACCAAGCCUUCCCUCUAACCUCAAAUUCCUCAGUUUUAAACAUUACAAAAAACAUCAAACAAAUUGAAAAGACUCUCAUCUAUAUCUAUAUUUUGAUGCUUCACCUUCUUUCAUUUCAUUUUCAUUUCCCAUCCUCUCUUUCUUUCAAUGGUGCCACUGUUUCUCUUGGGGUCCAUUUUUUCACCUAACACACUCCUUUGCUUUUUCAGUUCUUUUUUUUUUUUUUUUGUUCAUUUGAGUCACCCUCUCUUUCUCUUCUCUUCUUAUAUUCUUCUUAUCAUUCUCUUCAAUAUUUCUUUUCUUUUUCUUUAUAUAAAAACUGGAAAAAGAAAGCCAAGGCUAUAUAUUCUUGUGGCUGCCAUUUUGUUCCAAGGGACAACAUUAAACCAACCAAACCAUUCUUUUCAGCAUGAACAAGAAAAGCUAAAACGAAAACAAUAAUUUAAAGUGUUAAUGUAAUAUUCUGAAAUAAAGCCCCCGCGCACCAAGAGGCGACCAUUCCAUGCUUCAACCAAAAAAAAUAUUCUCUUUCACUUUCACUAGGAGAUCAUAGCAUGUAGGUGGUGGAGGACUUCUUGGUUUCUUUAUUCUUUCUCUUUGCCUUUUUAUCAUCUUUACUUUCUGUUAUUCUUCUUCUUCUUUUCUUGUUUCCACUUCCUUUUCUUGUUUGCUCCAAGGAGUUGAUCAGUUUUGUUUUUUGGAGGAUAAGAGAAGGAGGGUAUCGUUGGAUUAUGGAACCUCGAGUUCUUGAUGGUAUAAUCAAUAGGUUGCUUGAAGUUAGAGGGAAACCAGGCAAGGAAGUCCAGCUUUCUGAGUCUGAAAUAAGGCAGCUUUGUCUUGUUUCUAAAGAUAUCUUCUUGAUGCAGCCCGUUCUUUUAGAGCUUGAAGCGCCUAUUAAGAUCUGUGGAGACAUUCACGGUCAGUAUUCUGAUCUCCUGACGCUUCUUGAGAAUGGUGGUUUCCCUCCUCGUGUCAAUUACUUAUUCUUGGGUGAUUAUGUAGAUCGUGGAAAGCAAGGCCUGGAAACCAUAUGCCUUCUCCUUGCAUACAAAAUAAAAUAUCCUGAAAACUUUUUCCUUCUGAGGGGCAACCAUGAAUGUGCUUCUGUGAACCGUAUCUAUGGGUUUUAUGAUGAAUGUAAACGCAGAUUCAAUGUCAGGGUCUGGAAAGUAUUCACUGAUUGUUUCAACUGCCUGCCGGUUGCAGCUCUGAUUGAGGAAAAGAUUUUCUGUAUGCAUGGUGGCCUGUCACCUGAACUCCACAAUUUGGAUCAGAUUAGAAAUUUAAAGAGGCCUACAGAUGUUCCAGAAUCUGGUUUACUAUGUGAUCUCCUAUGGUCUGAUCCUAGUAAUGACAUUCAGGGCUGGGGGCCGAAUGAUAGGGGAGUUUCCUACAUGUUCGGCGCUGAUAGAGUGAUAGAUUGUCUCAAGAAGUUUGAUCUUGAUUUAAUAUGUCGUGCACACCAGGUUGUUGAAGAUGGAUAUGAAUUCUUUGCUAAUAGGCAACUUGUAACCAUAUUUUCAGCACCUAAUUACUGUGGAGAGUUUGACAAUGCUGCCGCCAUGAUGAGCGUGGAUGAGACGUUAACGUGUUCUUUCCGCAUAUUAAAGCCUGCAGAUAAGAAACCAAAGUUUAGCUUUGGAACCUUAACUUCAACUAAUAAGUCUUAUGCUCCUUCUAGAAUCAAGAAAUCCAACAUCAAAGCAAGGUCUUACAAAGUUACAGCUUGAGUGAAAAUUGUUCAAAGUGGCCCAUUGCACAUAACGAUAAAGAUUGAAGGUGUCUCAUCUUGUGGACUUUGGCAUGGAAUCCCAUUAUCUUUUCAGGAAUGCAAAAAACUGCAGGAAUCUCACGUUUAGUCUUUCCUUUCGGACAGGCAAUUCUCCAAUAUUGCUUCAGAUUGGGACUGAUC